UUAGGGGUGGACGUUAUUUUGAUCACACUCCGUUGUGGACGUUCUUGUCAUUGUUUUUUUUAUACUUGUAAGAUAUAAUGGCAGGAGGAAAACAUUAAUCACGUUUUCUUGCUUUAUCCAGGCGUGUUUAGAAUUAAAUUCACGGCCAUUAAAUUGGCUGUUUUUAUUUCCUGCAAAUUAGUUGCUACUGGCCAGCAAACUGUCUACUCAGGAGGAGGACGGUGAGAAUAGUAUGGCCAUGACAGGAGGCAUGGCAGCCCCGCUUCCUAUGAGUAACCACACAAGAGAGAGAGUGACUGUGGCCAAACUGACGCUGGAGAACUUCUACAGCACACUCCUCACACAACAUGAAGAGAGAGAGAUGAGGCAAAAGAAACUGGAGAAGGUUAUGGAUGAGGAAGGCUUACCCAAUGAAGAGAAGAUCAUGAGGCGCUCCCAGCAUGCUCGUAAGGAGACAGAGUUUCUGAGGUUGAAGCGAACUCGACUUGGACUUGAUGACUUUGAGUCUCUCAAAGUCAUUGGAAGGGGUGCCUUUGGAGAGGUGCGUUUGGUCCAGAAAAAGGACACAGGUCACAUCUAUGCCAUGAAGAUUCUGAGGAAAGCUGACAUGCUAGAGAAGGAGCAGGUAGCACACAUCAGGGCAGAGAGGGACAUCCUUGUGGAGGCCGAUGGGGCAUGGGUGGUGAAAAUGUUCUACAGUUUCCAGGACAAAAGGAACCUUUAUCUCAUCAUGGAGUUUCUGCCUGGAGGAGACAUGAUGACCCUGCUUAUGAAGAAAGAUACUCUUUCAGAGGAAGCCACUCAGUUUUACAUAGCAGAAACAGUCCUGGCCAUCGACUCUAUUCACCAGCUAGGCUUUAUACAUCGAGACAUCAAACCAGACAAUCUACUGCUUGACUCACGGGGCCAUGUUAAAUUAUCUGACUUUGGCUUAUGCACGGGCCUCAAGAAAGCCCACCGAACUGAAUUUUACAGAAACCUUACACACAACCCUCCAAGUGACUUUUCCUUUCAGAAUAUGAACUCUAAGAGGAAAGCUGAAACAUGGAAAAAGAACAGACGACAACUGGCAUACUCAACUGUCGGUACACCAGACUACAUCGCCCCUGAGGUCUUCAUGCAGACAGGAUACAAUAAAUUGUGUGACUGGUGGUCCCUGGGGGUCAUCAUGUAUGAGAUGCUAAUAGGCUACCCGCCCUUUUGUUCUGAGACGCCGCAGGAAACGUACAGGAAAGUCAUGAACUGGCGAGAAACUCUGAUCUUCCCCCCUGAGGUCCCCAUUUCAGAGAAGGCUAAGGACCUGAUUCUCAGGUAUUGCACAGAUGCAGAAAACAGGAUUGGGGCAGUGAGUGUGGAAGAAAUAAAGAAUCACCCUUUCUUUGAGUCAGUUGAUUGGGAACACAUCAGAGAAAGACCUGCUGCUAUUUCUAUUGAGAUCAAGAGCAUUGACGAUACCUCCAAUUUUGACGAUUUCCCUGAGUCAGACAUUUUACAGCCAGUUACAAAUGUAACAGAACCUGACUUCAAGUCCAAGGACUGGGUUUUCCUCAACUAUACCUACAAGCGCUUUGAAGGACUGACACAGCGUGGAACCAUUCCCACCUACACAAAGGCCGGGAAAGCCUAAAACAGCAAAAUCAGCUUGGGUGGAAGGGGAAGAUUGAAGCUUUAGUGAGGCUUUUGCCUCAACUAAAUACUCUAUUGGCAUAGGGUGCCUUCACCUUGAUUUUGGAGGCUUAUGCACUUCAUCUAUGAUCUGCAAAGUAAAUUUGCAUCAGGAGGAGCCUAGGUUGGUGGCUUGAUCGGACACCUAACAUGCUUAGUAAAAUGAAUUAAAAGAGAAACAAACCAUAAUAUGGCUACCCCUUGCUAUAUGCUACCCUGUGCUUACAGUGGUUCCAUUUGCUCAGGUAAGAGGAGGCCCUUGUGGAACAUCCUCUUUUAUUGUCCAAAAACACUGUACUGUAGACUCAGCAGUGAAUCAAACAGGGUCAAAAGCCCCAAACUGGGACUUUUAAGUUGUUGCCACACCUCAGCCUUAUGUGCAAACUUCACACAAAGUAGUUCUUUUUGUCUCAGAUGUCAAAAGGAUGUUGCAAACCUAAAGUAAAGUAGAAUAAGUGUUUUGGAGUAAUGCAGCUUUUGCUGGAUAUAAACAUCAUUUCUGUAAUAUUGUUCAGCCCUCCACCCCAUGGUCUUUAAACUCGUACUCCGCCCUAAUCUAAUUACUCAUUUUUGCAGAGCCAGAAGUAAUAUCCAGAAGACUAUGUAAUAGAGUGAUGUAUUCCCCCUAAGCAACUCAAAACAAGGGUUAUGCUCAUCAUAUUUACUGUACAGGAAAUUAACAUGUCUAUUUCUUUUCUCCUUAUGCUGCUUUAAAAAUUGUUAAUGCAUUACUCUAUAUUCCAAAAUUGACAGAACUCAUAUAUUUGCAUGCAGCUGUUUUGCUAUUGGUAAAUGCUCCAUGCAAAACACGAACUUGAUUAUUCAGUCAAAAUGUUUUAUUCUUUUGGGUGUGUCAUUUUUAAAAGUCAUUUGGAGUAUAGCGGUGUUGCAGUAAAGGUUUUUUGUGUGUUUGUUAUUCACUUUAUUCUAGGAUAUUGGUGUUUUAUUUAAGGCCAUGACUGAAAUGGUUGCCCUCACUGAAAUUAAGGUUUUAUUCUGUUUCACCAUAUGUUCCAGUCUCUGCUCCUGUGUAUUUGUAAAAUAUUAAGUCACUAAAUUAUAUUUGUGCAAGAUUACUGCUCACUGACCCAAAUCAUGUACUGUAAAUGUGGAAUAACAGCCUACGGAACAAAUACUGUAACUAAGAUGUCUUUUAAUGUGUGUACUGUGGUUACGCAUUGUGAUCAUGGAAAUUCACCUUGAAUGUCCUCAUCACUGAAGAAUUUGGUUAUCUACUGUGUAUAGGUUGAUGAAAAUGUUAAAAAAAAAAAAUCUACAUGGUGUUUAAAAA